UCUUCGGUCUGGGCCUCCGGCACCCAGAGGCCGCGCGCGGGUGCGGUAUGGAGGCAAAGGUGACUUCCACGCCAGCCACAGGCGACUCGUGCAUGGUGUCAGCAGAGGAGAUCGAAAAGUGGAUGGAGGAGGCGAUGCAGAUGGCCAAACAAGCCCUCGAAAAUACUGAAGUUCCUGUUGGCUGCCUUAUGGUCUACAACAAUGAAGUUGUGGGGAAGGGAAGAAACGAAGUUAAUGAAACCAAAAAUGCUACUCGACAUGCAGAGAUGGUGGCCAUUGAUCAGGUCCUGGAUUGGUGUCAUCAGAAUGGCCAGAGUCCUUCUGCCGUGUUUGAACACACUGUGCUGUAUGUCACUGUGGAGCCAUGCAUUAUGUGUGCGGCUGCUCUCCGCCUGAUGAAAAUCCCAUUGGUCGUCUAUGGCUGUCAGAAUGAACGAUUUGGUGGCUGUGGCUCUGUCCUAAACAUUGCCUCUGCAGACUUACCAAAUACUGGGAAGCCCUUUCAGUGCAUUCCUGGGUAUCGGGCUGAGGAAGCAGUACAGCUGUUGAAGAACUUCUACAAACAAGAAAAUCCAAAUGCACCAAAAUCAAAAGUUCGGAAAAAGGAAUGUCAGAGAUCAUGAACUCAUUCUGAGAAAGACUAAUGCCACACAGUGACCUGGACAAAAUUCCUGGCCUGAAAGCUGUUGACAUUGAUGAAUCAUAUGUUUAUAUGUUGUUUCUCUGUGGGAAAAUGGUGCCUCUCAUCAUUUGCUCUGUUAAGGGAACAAAUUAGCACUUUUUAAAAGUCUGACAAUUGUAAACAACUAUUAGCUUUUCCACAAGCUGAAAGAACAUUUUAAGAAGGGGGAAAAAUGAAGGUUUGAGGUUUUAGAAAUUAGCAAGCAGUGCAUGCCCCUCAGCCACAGCAUGGUGCCCAGUCCAGGAAAGGGCUGGCUUUUCAGAGAAUGUGCACCCAGCCCCAGUUACCUGCUUGUGUCUGAGCUAGCAUGUGCCAGCUAGGACAUGUUCUCCAGUACUGGCCUUCAGAGUGGGAUCCCUUCCCAGGGCAUUGGGGCCUGGCUUCAUUUUAAAUUGUGUAUGAGUUAUGUAGAUAUGACCUUGAUUAUAUAGUUAUGGUACAGAUUUUUUUAUAAAGCAUUUAAAGAAAAUGCAUACUUAAGUAUUUGAGGUUCGUUUUAAAGUUAUAGCACAUUGCUAUAAUAAAACCUUACUUAUGUCUUCUUUGAAGAGGAAUAGUCUUAAAAAUAAAGAAUAAAAGCAGAAAUGAGACAAUUCCUUGUUAUCGAGCAACCGUUUUGUGUCAGGGUCCUGGAACAAAACAAAGAAUCCUGCCUUCAAAGGGAGACAGAUCAUAAAUAUAGUCAAUCACAUGGUUUACUGAAGGGUGACAAGAAUUAUAGCAAAAAAAAAAAAAAAAAGGUAGUGGUAACACUAGGUAAAGGUGUACCAUUUGGUGGUAGGAAUGCUAGUUGCAGAAUUAGUGGAAAGAUAAACUUAAUCUAAAAAUCAAAGUUAUUUCUGUUUAAAAAUACAUAUAAUAAAAUUUAAAUUUAAGAUCUAAAAUUCUAAACUGUGAACUCCACACAGCGAAAAGUACCCACAGCAAAAGCCCCAGGCGUUGAUCUCACCGACUGGAGUGAGGGUCACCGAUGGCAAGUGCCACUUUGCAGAGCCUGUCUGGGCGCAAUGUGCGCCUCUGGCCAGAAGGGGGCCUCGCCGUUCCAGCAGAAGCCCAGCACCAGGCCCCGGGUGGCAGUGCCUUUUUAGUGCAUUUCUUCAGUGGAUUCAUUUCCUUGAUGCAAAGCAUCUGUAUUUGUUGGUUCUGCCAUUUGAGUGAUGUCUCUGACUUGUUUGUUUUGAAUUACAUUACAGGCUGGAAUGUAAUUGUGGUGGAAGUAUUUUUAUAUCACUGAGAGUAGCAGCUAAUCACAGUUACAUGCUUCAGAGGAUUUAUAAUUGCUUGGUUUUGUGCAUCUGUGUUCUUACUGCAUUUGGGAAAUUUUAUGGAGAAGAAUAUGCAUGAUUUGAAAUCUAGAAUAAUGUUACAGACACCUUCUCUUCAAUUUUACCUAUUUUUAAAAUUGUCUUCUCAUUAAAUUUUAGUGCCUUGA